AUGUCCAAACGCACGUUGGCCGAUGGCGAGGUCGCGCCUGAUGCGGAGCGCCCCCGUGUCGACGGUGCGACGGAUGCAUCUGUCCCCCCUCACGAUGAGGGUAUGGGUGAAUUUGAGGAUCCCUUUGAGGAUGAGAUUGAAAGCGACGGCGAAGUCGUGAACAACCAAGGCGAGAUGGAGUUGGAAGAAGUAGAGAACGAGGCCCUGGAUGACGAAGAGACGUCAGCACCGCCUACGGAGGCGUACAUGCCUGGUGUAAUGCCAUUGGAAGAAGGCCAGACGCUAGUGCCUGAUCAGUCUGCGUACCAUAUGCUACACCGCAUGAACGUGACGUGGCCCUGCUUGUCGUUCGACUUUUUGCGCGAUCAUUUGGGCUCGCAGCGCCAGACGAUGCCGCAUACGGCCUACUUUGUCGCGGGUACACAGGCCGAUACGGCCAAGAACAAUGAAGUGCUGGUCAUGAAGGCCAGUGCUAUGCAUCGCACAUCGCGUGAUGAUGCCAAUUCUGACGAUGAGGACGACGAUGAGGACGACGAUGUCGAUGAAGAUGCCGUGCUGGAGUACAAAUCGAUCCCGCAUCUGGGCGGCAUCAACCGUAUCCGCGCCGCUCCCACGACGACUCCCACAUCGGACUUGGAGCCCUGCCUCGAUCCAUACCCUGUGGCCACGUGGUCCGAGAUAGGCAAGGUGCACAUCUGGGACGUGCGGCCGCUGUACAAUGCGCUGAACCAGCCCGGCACGACCAUCGAUAAGAAGAAGGUGCAGACGCCGCUCUUUACAGUGUCGUCGCACCGCACCGAAGGUUUUGCCAUGGACUGGGGCGGUGUCCUUGGCGGCGGUUCGUCUGGCAAGGGCGGGCACCUGCGUCUGGUCACAGGUGAUAUGCAUAGCAAGAUUUUCCUCACGACAAGCAACAAUACCGGCUUUACAACACACGCUACGCCGUUUGAGAGUCAUACAUCGUCGGUGGAGGACUUGCAGUGGUCACCUGCUGAGCCGACCGUCUUUGCGUCGUGCUCGGCAGACCGCAGUAUUCGUAUUUGGGAUGUGCGUGUAAAGUCGCAUCGCUCGGCGCUCACCGUCGAUGCCGCGCAUGAGCAGGAUGUGAAUGUGAUCAGCUGGAACCGUGGCACGCAGUACCUGCUGCUCUCAGGUGGCGAUGAUGGCGCCUUGAAUGUAUGGGAUAUGCGUGCCUUCAAGAAUACCCAGCGGUCUACCCCUGUGGCGCACUUCCAAUGGCAUCGUGCGCCGAUCAGCAGUGUGGAAUGGCACCCGGAAGAAGACAGCAUCUUUGCGGCGUCAGGUCGGGAUGAUCAAGUGACGUUGUGGGACCUGGGUGUAGAGCAUGACGACGAGGAACAGGCUGCCCAGAUGCCCACAGGCCCGAACGGCGAGCCUGUGCCGAGUCAGCUGCUGUUCUGUCACCACGGUGCAAGCGAUAUCAAGGAAGUGCACUGGCACCCGCAGAUCCCCGGUAUGCUCGGUACAACGUCUUCGGACGGCUUCCACUUCUUCAAGACCAUCUCUGUGUAG